AGAAAGAGAUGCUUGUCAAACACGCUAACCGCGGCAGGGUUGCUACCAUCGAGAAAGAGAGAGAGAGAGAGAGAAAAAAAGUGAGAGAGCGAGAGGGUGGCCACCGAAACCAAUCAGGGACCGUCCAGCACCUGAACCGUCUAUUGGGUUUAUGAGUUAAGGCGAUCAAUCAGCCGGUCGGCGGUUGAAACAUUGAUAAAAACGCAAUUUACACUCAUCGGCUCCUUACUGGUGACAACAUGGCUGAGUGUAACGUCAGCAUCGACCAUGAGAAACUACCUGGAGUGAAAGAGGUGUGCAGAGACUUUGCUGUGUUGGAAGACCACUGUCUUGCCUACAACCUCCAGGAACAAGAGAUUGAGAGCCACUUGGCGUCCAACGUCCACAAGAGCCGGCUGGUGCAGCAGGACCUGCAGGUGGCCAAGAAGCUGCAGGAGGAGGAGGAUGAGAUUGCGAAGGUCGUGAUCAAGAAGCAGCACGUUGCCAUAGAGCGCCAAGAUAACGAAAUUGCCCACGAAAUUCAGGAUCAACUGGUUCGACAGGCUGAGCAACAACGACGGCAGCAGGAGGAGAAGGAUGCGGCUAUUGCUCGUAAGAUGCACGAGAAGGAGAUGAAAGAGGAACGGCGACGACAGAAACACCAGGAUGAAGAAUACUAUGAGGAUCCAGGAGUUGUGAGACAACCUCUUGACCUGGACAAGCCUACACGUCACGCAUCUGGCUCCCCAGGCCCUUAUGAUGUGCAUUCUCCAGUGACGUCCCAACGUGAUCCUUCGCCAGAUUAUAAUUCGGUAGAGCCGAAAAGGAGCAGGCACCCCAAACAGGAUCCGCCCAGCCGUUCUAGGUACCCCGAGCAUCUCCCGGUAGAAGAGGACGGCCGGGGAAGACAUGCAGAUCCGUAUUCAGACAACCUGUUGUCCCCCAAAAGCAAGAGUAGGGACAGGUACCCUGAUUAUGAACCUGUAGACUCUAGGAGAGCACGUGACAUAAUGGGGGAGGACCCUGAUAGAGCGAUGAGAAAAAAGGAGAGGCCGGCUCAUCCUCCACUGAGUCCCAAGGGCUGGGACAGAGAGAGGGACACGAGACAUGACAGAGAUGUAGAGCAGGAGCAUUAUUUGAGAAAACACCAAAGGUCAGACAGGGAGCAGGAAAUGAGAACGACAAAAGGCGGAAGAGACGGGGAGCGCUCCAGAGAUCGAGGACACGAUCAGGACAGGCCUGAAGUGAGAGACAAGCAGACGCACAAAGGCAAGGACGGACAACGAGCAAGGGCCAGGAGCAGGGAAAGGGCGCUUGACGAUGAUUUCAUUGAGCUGAGGGGGGACCGAGUAUCCCGGGAGGAAAAUGAGGAUGACGCAGAGGGGAUGAGGAGGGCCAGGGGCCGCCAGCGGGUUCAAUCGGGCCCCGACGAUGUGUUUGAAGAGCACAGGAACAACAAAGGGAGAGGUGACAACAGGGAGUUGUGGGAACCUUCCGGCAAGCGUACGCCCUCCAGCGGCGAGACAGGUCGAAUUGUGCUCAAAGGGAGUGGUUCAUUUGUAGAAGGGGAGUACGGAGUCGGCGAGGCCACCAGGGACCUGACCAAGCUGGAUCUGCGUGAGCAGGAACUCAAGGACUUGGAAGUGGCCAGAAGAAUGCAGGAGGAAGAAGUCAAGGUGAAUGCAAGCAAGACCCAUGUGCGUGCAGCCCAAGUUGCACAAGAUGAGGAGAUUGCCCGGCUGCUAAUGGAACAAGAGAAGAAGGAGUACAGAAAACAUCGAGAGCGGGAGAAGGACCGGGAGGAGAAGGAACGAGAAAGGGAGAAGGAGCGCUUGGCAAUGGAGAAGAUGGCGGUGGACAGGAGGCGAGCCGAAGGGGACUCCAGGUCAAAUUCCGAGGAUGUUGUGCGACCUCGAACCCGAGAUGAGCAUCAUGAGCACCAGAGGCAAAGGAACCACCACAAGCCUUCCAGGCCGCCGCAUCCUCGCACCCACGAGUAUGAGAACGCAAACCCGGGUUACGGAUACGGUGACCAUGCUGCUCCCCAACGGGCGCCCACCAGACCCGAAGCGGCGUACAAAGGUGCCUAUUACAAGCGGUGACUCAGGCUCCAGACAGGCUGUCAGUCCUCCUCUGUCUUUGUCUCCUCCUCUAUUUAUCCUUUUGUCUUCAACCAUUCACACUCGGCAGACCAAAAGCCUUGGGACAAUCUAAUGAGUUGGCAAUGGACUUUUUUUUUUUUUAAUUGGCGAGCAUCCCUGCCAUCCCACCUAGAAGAAAAAGUGCUGGAAUCUCACUCUUUUCAAACCCUCCUCUUUUUUUUUUUUUAUAUUUAUUUUUUCUUUUACACCGUUUGUAAAUUUCAAUUCUCCAGCAGCCUCACCUCAUGUAGUCCCUCCCAAAAUACCUUGCGGUCAAUACAGAGGCUGCGUUAACGGCGACAUGUCAUCCAUUACAAGGGCUCCAAGCCUCUGACAUGCGUUACUCGUCAGCUUGCUUUCCUUGACAUCGUAUUUUGUUUAUAAACGGGACGUGCCUGCUCAGUCCGAUGUGGCCUCAACAUUUGGCAGCUGCUUCCUCCACCUUAAAAGCUGUCAUCGGCAUGUCGUGCAACAAAAAACGCAAAAGAGCCUUUUUCAUGUAUUUUUUUUUUUUUAAAUAAUCAAGAUGCUGGUAGUUGUCCUCUCACUCAUCCACCAACCUUAAAGUUGCCGCACUGCAGAGGUGCUGACUAUCGGAUGUCAUUGGCAAUUUGGCACUUAGAAUUCCCCCCCCUCCUCCUCCUCCAAUCGACCUUACACUGAUAGCCGCCGGAUAAUAUUCUGAAUGACUCACUGUUCCUUCUUGCAAGCUUAAGGAACGAUUUAAAGCACUACAUGUCUUUCAAGUGCCACGUUAAACAAAUGGGUGGGGAACUGAUGGCCGGCCAUUGGGCCCGCUGUAAGGGUCGAAAACUUGAUCAAACCAUUACGUAGCACGCAAUUUUUUAUGAAGCACUAUUUAUAAUUUUCAUCAUGCUCGGUGAUUUAGUGAGAUUUGAUUUUUACACCACAUUUGAUUUUGUAAGUCUAUCAUGGCACUCUGAUGGCUAUAUGAAAUGGCCUUUAAUAAGAAACACCCAACUAAACUCUGAACCUGCCUAAUCAUCAUUUUGGGCUUAGAAGAAACACCAGUAAGAUUGAAUGUGUGAUUAGUAAAUAUUUUGUCAAUAUAUAUAUUUUUUUCCAUGUUGCUACCAAAUUGGCCAAGAAUGGGAACAAAAACAUGAUUUUUCAUCUCAUAUUUAUAUCCGGUUUAAAAAGGGAGACCUUUAAGGUCAUCUACAGGUCUUUCCUCUGGUUGUUUAUUUGGUUGAAAGCACACUUGGAACAAGGGAAAUCCAUCCAAACAAAAAUACAUAUCCAUUGUCAAAGGGACAUUCUUCCUUGUUUUUGCUGGUCCAUGUUCUGAUCUUUUCAUAUUGAAUAAGGAGAGCGUGCAGUAACCCAAUUUUUUUUGGAGGGGGAGGAAGGUACCACCCUCCCUCUUGUAUCAUCAAUUUUGUCAUGUGUGAAUCGGUGGUGUGCAUUUGUAAUGUGCGUAGUUGCUAUUCUCAGAAUGGGUUAUGUGCCAUAUUUGUCAUUUUCCAAGCACUUCUAAGUGGGCCUCCAAAAUCUAGUGGUUGCUGAGAGCACCACCUUGUGGGCUGGUUGAGUACGAAAACUGUUGGUUUGUUGAUCUCUGAACUUAGACUUGGACAAAUGUUGAAAACUGCUCAGGAUGUGUACGUACUGGUGUUGCUUGGUGUGUUGUAUAUUCGACUUGUGUCCAAUAUUGAGCAGGUUAUUUUCUGCUUUUUUUUUUUGUUAUUUCGUUUUUAAUAGCUUAUAUGCAAUCUCUUAAAUCAACAUGUGCUGGAACAUGCUGUAAAUGUUUUUUUUUUUAUUAUUAUUUUUAAUUUACGUUACAAUGAACUGAUUUAUUUUACUUAUUUCAUCUCAAAUUGUAAUAAAGCAACUUUCGGAGUCAGUGACGAGUUGGUUUAGCCCUUCACUUAACUUCAAGUAUGACAACUAAAACAGAUGUUAAUGUUUCAUUCUAACCUCUCCUUAGGAUCUAAGGAAAUCUGAAUGGCAAAUAAAACCGAAAAUAAUGA